AUUAUUAUGAGUUAGAUGAAGAGAAAGACAGGAGUUACCAGGAACUCAUGCAAAGUGAAGAAGUAUGAUAAUCAGGCCUUGGUCCUGGAUGUGUGCAAUCAGGAGGAGGGUUCUGAGGAGAGCCAGGUGCCCGAGAUCACCCACCGGGUCCGCCACGCCACUGACGAGGAGAAGCUGGCCUCCACCGCCAAGAGCCACAAGGGGGAGCUGGAGAGCGAGCUGUCCGACUGCUCCAAAGGCUCUUCAGGUGGCAAGACCAAAACGGUUACCGACCUUGAAGAUGGGAUAACCGACCACUUUGAUGAGAAAGACUCUUGCAGCCCCAGCGACGAGCCCUUAAAGACACACUGCCUGGGGAAGACAGGAAAUUACCUCAUGGAGAAAGGAAGUCCUGGUCUGGACUCCAUACCCCUGAGUGAGAUGGACAAAGCAGCUGUGCUCACACUCAUCCGAGAGGAGAUAAUCACCAAGGAGAUCGAGGCCAACGAGUGGAAGAGGAAAUAUGAGGAGAGUCACAUGGAGGUCAUCGAGAUGAGGAAAAUAGUUGCAGAGUAUGAGAAGACAGUGGCACAAAUGAUCGAGGACGAGCAGCGUAAGAACAUGGGCUCUCAGAAGAGUGUCCAGCAGCUGAUCAAUGAGCGGGACCAGGCACUAGCUGACCUCAACUCUGUAGAGCGCUCGCUCUCCGACCUCUUUAGACGCUACGAGAACAUGAAGACUGUCCUGGAGGGCUUCAAGAAGAAUGAGGAGGUGUUAAAGAAGUGUGCACAGGAGUAUCUGGGCCGAGUGAGACAAGAGGAACAGCGCUAUCACACACUCAAACUGCACGCCGAGGAGAAACUGGACAAGGCUAAUGAGGAGAUUGCUCAGGUGCGCACCAAGGCCAACUCUGAGAGUGUGGCUCUGAACGCCAGCCUCAGGAAGGAGCAGAUGAAGGCUGAGUCCCUGGAGAGGGCACUGCACCAGAAGAAUCAAGAGAUUGAGGAGCUGACUAAGAUCUGCGAUGAGCUGAUCGCUAAGCUGGGAAAGACGGACUGACUGACCCCUGCAGUGUACAGUAGAGUUAGCGCUACAGCUGCAACGACAGCUACCCAGCCCUGCAUCACACUGUUCCCUCUCCACACCUUACCAACAACAGAACUGAACCCUGUACACACACACGCACAUGCACAUACAUGCUUACAGUUCAUACCCCAGAACACACCUGUAAAUCCAUCUGGAUCUCUUGCUGAUGUUUUUCCAAAACAAGCGGACUAAGCCCCCACCCAACCCCACCCAGACCCAGACAUCUAAUAUAUACAAACUCAAUCUGAUAACUAAAUAUCAGACAUAAUAAAAAUAUAUACGCAAGAAAGCAAACUAGAGAACAGCUUUUAGUAGGGAAGAGAGCACCUCCCUGUUGGUGUCCGACAAGCCCUCCAGUUCUGUACAGUAUGCAUGCAUGCAAAAGAGGGGGAGUAGUAGACCAAAGUCUUGCAUAUCCUCCUGCAUAUCUUAAUCUACUGACCACUCCAGAGGGCAUCUGUUACUAGUGAUGUGGACCAGAUCUUUUGGCUGUGGAGACAGCUGUUCAAAUAAGGGGUUUGGGAAGAGUGUGUGUGUGUGUGUGUGUGUGUGUGUGUGCGCGUGUGUGUGUGUGUGCGCGUGCGUGCGUGCGUGCGUGCGUGCGUGCGCGUGU